AGAUCUCAUCUUGAGAACAGCUUCAUCAUUUCAACCAUGGCUUGGUCGAGUAUCAUCAUUCUCGUACUUGGAGUUUCUAUAACUUUUGCCAGGUCACCUGAAGAGUUCGCGGGCAAAUUCGAAGGUGAUAUUAAACUUACCCGGGAACAGAAAAACGCGAUCGAUAAUGAAUUAGAUUUGGAGCCUGCGAACACUUUCGGAGCUGCGAAAAGCACCAAACGAUGGACCAAUGGCGUCUUCAAAUACGUCAUCGCAAGCUCAUUGAGCGGUAGUUCAAGCGCCAUGCAAGUGAUUGCGAGUGCAAUGAAAGAAUGGUCGGAUAAAACUUGCAUACGAUUCGAACGCAGAGCUAGCAACGAUAGGGCAUAUACAGAGUUCUACAAGGGUGGAGGAUGUUGGUCGUAUGUAGGUAUGACAGGCCAUAAGCAAAAGAUCAGUUUAGCCGGUGGAUGUUGGCAUCACGGAAUUGUUGUUCAUGAAAUUGGACAUGCCCUAGGGUUUUGGCACGAACAAUCCAGACCUGAUCGUGAUGAAUAUGUCACUAUUAUGUGGGAUAACAUCCCCUCCGGCAAUCGUCACAACUUCAAAAAAUACACCAGGACACAGAUUGAUUCUCUAAAUGUUCCGUAUGAUUAUGGAAGUAUCAUGCACUACGGAAGACGAGCCUUUUCGAACAACGGUCAGGAUACGAUCGUACCAAAGAAAUCUGAUGUGACACUCGGACAACGACGGGGUCUGAGUCCCAGUGAUGUUCGACAGAUGAACUUGAUGUACAAAUGUGGAGAAGCUACCCCUCGCCCCACAACCCCACCCAGGCCAGUCACCACCAUGCCCCCCAGACCAGUGACCACCGUGCCCACUAGACCAACGGCACCUUCUAAUGGAAUCAAAGUUGAGUUGCGAAGCGAAGGUUGUGAUGACCCGAAGUUGGUUUCAGUCCACUGUGGUCGCGCAUAUAUCAAGGUCAACGGAGUGGAUUAUGCCCCUAAGAGAAGAGGACAUAAUUUGGUUGUUGUUAAUUCGCAAACUGGUCGCGUUGAGUACAGAAAAGCAUACGACACUCACGGAUCCACUUAUCAAUCAGGACAAAUGGCAAAGAAAUUAAAUGAUUUGGCUAAUGCUAAACAGCGAAAAAUUAUUCUGAUCGCCAUCCAGGACGAAGGUGCCUCGAGGAUGACGUCAGCACUUCAGACCGCGAUGCUUCGUGUCGGCGGCGUAAAACCAGUCAGACCUGCUUAUCGAGGAUCGUAUGCCUUGGUGGGAUAUUCAGGACCUGAGAGACCUUCGUGGAUAAGACAGGUUACAAAGCCGAGACGCCUAGGUCCUAGUCAGAUAAUGACGGUUAUUUCUUCAGGGGGACCGGGUCCGGAGACCCCGAGACCUACAGUACCAGUUACCAGACCCCCAGUCGGAUCAUGUGGCAUUGGUGGUAACAGCGGUCGUGUGAUUGGUGGAACGAAUGCAGUCCCAGGGGCUUGGCCUUGGCAGGUCGCCCUAUUGAGAUCAGGAAGAUUUAGUUGUGGUGGUUCGUUGGUCUAUGCCGACUGGAUUGUGACCGCUGCCCACUGCGUAUCUCGGUCGCCGAGUGCUUCAUCUUACACCAUCCUUCUCGGAGCGCACAACCGAAACUCGCCGCAGAAUCACGAGCAGCGAAUCAGAGCAAAGAAGGUGAUAGUUCAUCCACAGUAUGGUCGACCUACUCUCAACAACGACAUCGCGUUGAUCCAACUCGAACGACCCGCAAAAUUGAACAACCGCAUUUCAACUGUCUGUUUACCAAGCCAUAACUUCGAUGUUCCCUUGAACUCUGAGUGUUAUAUCACUGGUUGGGGUAAAAUCCGGCACCCGGGAAGCUCUCACCACACACUACAGCAAGCAAGGUUACCACCAAGAAGUCAGGAUGAAUGCAAAAGAAAACUCGCACAAUCUCCUGGUGGCGACAGAUUAUCGAUCACAGAGCAAAUGUUAUGUGCCGGGGUUGACGACAGCAUCCUAAGUGGUUGUCAUGGUGACAGCGGCGGCCCCUAUGUAUGCCGGGACAGGAACAAUCGUUUCGUUCUUCAAGGAGCCGUCAGCUGGGGUUCUCCGAGAUGCUCAUCUUCUGAGCGCUACACCGUUUUCGCUCGCGUUGCGAAGUUCAGAAAUUGGAUCGACACCGAAAUAAGACGAGCUGGGUAAAAUAAUCGAUGCAAGUCAAGUUAUUCUUAGUUUUAGCGCAAGAAAGUUAGUAUGAAUGAUGUAGUAAUGAUAUCUAUUAUUGUGGUGUUAAAGCGAUCGAUUAUGAAUUAAACAGACGAAGUUUA